GGACGCCAGCGGGCGCGCGGGGUCACAGAGGGCUCCACGGUGGCUUUGGGGGAGGAUCUGCGGAGCCCGGCGUCGGAAUCGAGGCUGUGCCGCGCUCGCCUCGUUUGCUCUCACGUCUCGCCGGGUCUUGGUGGGAAACACUGCUCUGCUCUUAACUGGCAUCUUGCUGCUGGAAGAGACAGUAGGGUCUGAUUGGGGCUUCGGUACUGGGUUAUCAAAAGCGUUCAAACACCCCCCGUUUGUAAGACGUGAAUAGGAAUGCCCGCCCUUAGUUUGGUGAGGACCUAGUGAGGUCUUACGUAAAGAAAGAGCUCAGAGGAAUUGAAACGUGGCUGGUCCCUGCGGCGGUGCUUUAGUCCUGUUCUGCUGCAGUGUUUGCAGAUUCCAGUGAUCUUGGGAUCACGGGGAUCCGGGAGCCACGCCGACGUUUCUCUCACUGGUCAAAGUGAUCAGCUACUCCUCCCAGCAGUACACGUGUGACUCUAGCAGAACCUUCUGACUCCUUGCUCCUGCCCUUUGACUGCAUCCUGUAUCCCUUUCUUUUCUCUAGCCCACUUAGUGCACGUGGGGGCACCCACGGUGAAAACAUUUUGGCAAGCUUUGGCACGCCUCGUAGUGCUGUGGAUCCGCUGGCUUCGGCCGUGCGCGCCUACGUAGGAGAUGACAGUCAAUAGAAGAGUGGUAUUUGCGAAACCAGCUACUUUGACUAAAAUCCUUCUGGAAUCUGCCUUGCUCGUAUCCCAUCUAUGCAAGAUUUCAUCAUGGGCAGUGGCUAUUACAACAUAUUGGCUACCGUGUUGCUGGUCAUGAAUUUUGAGAGGACGAGACCAAUGCAGGAUUCUUGUAGCAAAUGCCCAGCAGGUACUUUCUGUGAGAAAAACAAGGAUCACAUCUGCAUUGCUUGCCCUUCAAAUAGUUUCUCCAGCACCAGUGGACAGAGGGCCUGUGACAUAUGCAGGCAGUGUGAAGGUGUUUUCAGGACCAAGAAAAUGUGUUCCCCCACCAGCAAUGCAGAGUGUGAGUGCAUCUCAGGAUUCCACUGCUUGGGGGAAAGAUGUACCAUGUGUGAGCAGGAUUGUAAACAAGGUCAAGAAUUAACCAAAGAAGGUUGUAAAGACUGCUGCUUUGGGACAUUUAAUGAUCAGAAACAUGGGACCUGUCGACCCUGGACAAACUGUUCGUUGGAUGGCAACUCUGUACUUGUGAACGGGACGAAGGAACGUGAUGUGCUCUGUGGACCAGCUUCGUCCAACUUCUUUCCACGUACAACCUCUGCCACCAUACCCGCCCCUGCAAGAGAUCCAGGUCCUACCUCCCAGAUCCUCGUCGUCUUCCUUGCGCUGAUGUCAGCUGCCGUGCUGUUCCUGGUGUUCUUUCUGGCACUCCGUUUCUCUAUUGUUAAACACAGCAGAAAGAAACUCCUGUAUUUAUUCAAACGACCGUUUAUGAGACCAGUACAAACCGCCCAAGAGGAAGAUGGCUGUAGCUGCCGAUUUCCAGAAGAAGAAGAAGGAGAAUGUGUUCACACUGUUCUGUGAAGCAGCCGCUGAGACUGUCUUGAGAAGAAUCAGCACAGAAACAUGAGUGAUCCCUCUAUCGUAGCUUUCUAAAUCGAAAAGACCAUCCUAGAUAAGACUCAGGAUUACCCCCCAAGUUUUCUCAGAAUGCUAACAGGUUGGCCUUUAAAAAAUGUAUCCCUUUUAAGUGGAUGUGUGGGACCGGGGCAUUUUCUAGAUAAUGUUUAAUAGCCUUGAGAUGCUUUCUUUUGUUUUCUUUCUUUCUUUCUUUUUUUUUUUUUUUUUUGAAUUCUAAAGAGACUUAUACUUCAAAUGAAAUCAUGUGGGCCAAUGGUCCAGCUAAAAUGAUAAUCAAAUUUAAUUCCGUUUUGUGUGUGUGUGUGUGUGUGUGUGCGCUAAUAGGACAAAAAGCCAUAAGAUGCAGGAAAUACCCCCAACCAAAUCUUCCUUUGGUUCAGACAUUCGACACAAUGAGCUCUACUAAUGUGAGGAGGGAAAUUAUGACAGGGCCCAAAUUUGAGGUCAAGGGCAAAAUAUCUCAGACCUUCAGGAAGAGUUUUGGAAAGAGUUCGGAUGUCUUUGCACAUCUUGUGGUCCCCUCCACCCUUGUGUCUUCUGCUUUGUGACUCUCCUCUCUGAGACAGGGUUUAUGUUUUGUUGUUGUUGUUGUUGUUUAAUGUUUUUUUUUUUAAUUUACUAGUGAAGUGUAAUUGACAAGCAAUGUUAUAUUCGUUUCCAGUGUAGAACAUAGUGGCUCAAUUCUGUACAUUACUCAAGCUGACCACAAUUAUAAGUGUAGUCCCAAUCUGUCACCAUAGGAUGUCAUUACAGUGUCAUUGACUGUACUCCCUGUGCUAUACUCGUCAUCCCUGUGCCUUAUUUAUUUUACAACUGGAAGUUUGUGUCUCUUGAGCCCCUUCAUCUGUUUUGCCCAUUAAAAAGAAUUGGCUUAUGUGUUAUUAAUUCUUAAAACCAUUAAACAUAAUAUUUGAUAUACUAAUCGAGGAAACGGGUAGGAAUGAACAAUUCUAGAAUGAACACCCGUGAGCCCGUAGCCCAACCAGGGUCCGAGAGCAGAAGUUGCCAGACCCCGAAGGACCAAAUCUGAGGCUUUGUAUGGCUUCUGAGCUAAACGUGAUUUUUACAUGUUUAAAUUGUGAAAAACAAAUCAAAAUAAGACUAAUAUCUCAUGACA